AUGAGGCCUGAGAACCAGAGCAGCGUGUCUGAGUUUCUCCUCCUGGGGAUCCCAAUACAACCAGAGCAACAGAGUAUCUUCUUCGCCUUGUUCCUGGGCAUGUACCUGACCACCGUGCUGGGGAACCUGCUCAUCAUCCUGCUCAUCAGGCUGGACUCCCGCCUCCACACCCCCAUGUACUUCUUCCUCAGCCACCUGGCUCUCACUGAUAUCGCUUUCUCAUCUGUCAGCGUCCCCAAACUGUUGAUGACCAUGCUGACUAAAUGCAAAUCUAUUUCCUAUGAAGGGUGCGUUUCCCAGACAUAUUUUUUCAUAUUAUUUGCUGAUUUGGACAGUUUUCUGAUCACGUCAAUGGCCUAUGACCGGUAUGUUGCCAUCUGUCACCCUCUCCACUAUACAACCAUCAUGAGUCAGACCAUUUGUAUCCUGCUGGUAGCCGGGUCCUGGGUUAUAGCUUCUGCCUGUUCUCUCUUGCAUACCCUCCUCCUAGCUCGACUGUCCUUCUGUGCUGAUAACAUUAUCCCCCAUUUCUUCUGUGAUCUUGCUGCUCUGCUCAAAUUGUCCUGUUCAGACACAUCCAUCAACCAACUGGCGAUUUUCACUGCAGGGUUAGCAGCGAUUAUGGUUCCAUUCCUGUGCAUCUUGGUUUCCUAUGGGCGCAUAGGGGCCACCAUCCUCCGAGUCCCCUCUACUAAGGGUAUCUGCAAAGCUUUGUCCACGUGUGGAUCACAUCUGUCAGUAGUGGCUUUAUACUAUGGAGCAAUUAUUGGCUUAUAUUUUCUUCCUUCAUCCAACAACACCAAUGAGAAGAACAUAGUAUCUGCAUUAAUGUACACAGUGGUCACUCCUAUGUUGAACCCCUUUAUUUAUAGUCUGAGAAAUAAAGAUAUGAAAGGGGCCUUGAGAAAACUUUUGAGUAAAAAAUUAUGUUCUUCCAACUGA